AUGGUUCUUACCGAGGCCAGACAAAACUGGAAACUCAAGUUCACUGCAGGCUCCAUCACAGAUGAUUCGACUCCUGGAGCCUCCAUCUGUCUCUACCAGGGAGGUAGGUUAGUGGACUCUGACUAUGAGCCUUUGUCAAAACCUGACCCUGUUCAGAUAACAGACAGACAGCCGAGCAGCAUCACUCUGAUUUUACCACCGUCAAAGACUGGACGCACUGACAGGCUCAGAGUGGAGUACAGACCUGUCAGAACUGAUCUAUUUCCCUGUGUAGGGAAGUGGAGAUACUUGGAGACCAGAGAUAAUGGGGAAGACUGUGUGAUAUCAGGCCUGGAGAGAGACACGCAGUUCCAGAUCAGACAUGUAGCAGUGGACAGGGUAGGAGUUGGUGAGUUCAGUGACAUCACUGUAACAGAGACUGUGUCAGGGUCUGGGCCUGGGCAUCCCAUAGUCCUGUCAGCAGACAGAAACUCAGACAGUCUGUCCUGGUGUAGCCAAGCGGAGGCUGGAGAGGCUGUAGAGGGACGUCCUGUGCUCUGCUACAGACUGGAGGACAGAUAG